AUGGCUCUAAAUACUAACAAUGAUCCUUUAAUGUACAAGUGUUUCCUUAUAAGUUUGGCUGGACCAACCCUUAAUUGGUUCAAGAAUCUGGCUCAGGGCUCAAUCGCUAGUUUCCAGGACUUGUGUGACAAGUUCAUAAGCCAGUACUAUGGGAAUAAAUGUCCGACUAAGAAUGUAUCAAGCCUUUUCACAAUGAAGCAACACGAAGAUAAACAACUCCAAGCUUUCCUCACCCAGUUCAACCUUGUUAAAAACAUGGUAAUGGAGUGUCAUCUAUCCACAGCGGUCCAAGCAUUUAAACUUACAAUGAACCAGGGGAUACCGUUCCACACAAGCUUGGUGGUCAAUACGCCGAAAACCAUGGACGAGCUGAACGAGAGAGCUGAUGGUUUUGUUCAUCUUGAAGAAGAAGAAGAGGCAGCUAAUUCAAGGAAGACGUUAAUUAUUUUGACAAAAGAGAAGUCCAAAGCCAAGAUCCGGCAAAAACAAGCUCAGCCGCAACGUCAGACCUCCUGGAAGACAGAGAAAAGGUCCCGGGAUGAGGAGUUAGUUACUCCACUCAGAGUCACCUUAACGAGGGAACCUAAGGAGACAAGUGGAGAUGCUGAUCGCAAAGGGGGAAUUUACAGGACAACAGAGUCAGAGGAGUUGCUCAGAACGCGAUUAUGUCAGGCCCAGUUGAAGAGAAUAAUUGGCAGUGUACAUGCUUUGCACCAGCAAAAUGCAUCCGCACAAAUAAAGUUUGACAGAACAGACCUGCUACGCGUUCAGGUUCCUCAUAAAGAUCCACUGGUCGUCAGUCUAACAGUUGCAGAAUGCCUAGCACGAAGAGUUCUGAUUGAUCCAGGAAGUAGUGCAAACGUCAUACCCAGAGUGACGUUCGACCGACUUGAGAUCGAACCUGAGAAACUAAAGCCGACAGGAAAUCCAUUGUUAGGAUUUGAUGGAAAAUAG